AUGACGUCUGCUUGGGAGUCAGAUGUCGUAGAGUGCAAGCUCUGCGACCAUUGCGAGUACCGUGCCGAGCGUGGCAAGGCCACAUGCUGCGGCAAGUGCUCGGCCGACUCAGGCGGCAGUGAUGAAAGUCAUGAAGAAGCGCACUGCCCGCGUUUGAGCCGACAGGUUUUACAGCAGUGCCGGUGGGAGCAUUUUCGUUGCGAUCUUGGCGCUGAGAAGGAGGCUGUCUGCCUCGUCGUGCCGCCUCGGUGCCCGGUGGCAGGUCCCGCGCCCGUGCUGCUGUUCCUGACAGGCAAUGGUCAUGUGGACGACCGACAGGACUUUCUGAAUGGAGGCGUCGAUCAGCUAAUCCGAAACGUCGAGCUCAACCAGUACGUUCUCCUGGCACCAAAGCCCGAGACAAAGUCGGGGGUGCUUAGAUAUAACGACAACUGGCGAAACGCGUGGUGCGAAGAUGCCAUCUGGGCUCUGGUAACUGAGAUGUUGCGACGGCUUGGGCCUACCCAUGUGGAUCCUGGACGGCUGUUCGCCACCGGGUUAUCCCUUGGGGCCAUUGGAGUCUGGCACCUGGCAUUGCGCUACGGGGAGUACUUAGCUGGCAUUGUGCCAGUCUCUGGUAAGUGUGAGUGGCCUUUCAACUCCUGGCCGCGACGUGCAGGUCCCGACCCGGCUGUCCUCCAACGCAUGGAAAGACUCCCAAUGCGGUGCUACCAGAUCGAUGCGGACCGCUACGGUGGCACCCCGGUGCAUGACAUCGAGUGGCUCUGCUGGAAACUACCAGAAUCCAAAACGGAGGUCACCCUACGCGGCAUGGAGCCUGAUAGGCAGGUGCAACUCACAAUCCGUACGUGGGAGCGUCCGCAUGGUGCAAACUGGGCCCUUUGGGAGGCCAAAGGGCCGCUCCAGGACCAUGCCUACUACGACGAGUGGGGUGGCGACAAGCACUGUCUUUGGAAUCGCGCAUAUCCUUUUCCAGAGUGGGGAAUGCCUGCCUUUCUGGCCUCUCAUUCUGUGCCAAGCGAAAGAUGCUGGAAGCUGGAUACUCCAAUUCCUGUGAUCGACUCCUCACAAGGGAAGGAGGACGCGAUGGACGUUGAUCAGGUUGGCAACCAGGGGGAGCCGUCCCUCAGCCGAAUGUUCGAGUGGUAG